CACUUGGGCGUGUUUUGUAAAAAAUGGCGUCUAGAUUGUUGACACAUAGAAUGCUUCAAAGGUGGAGCAAGUCUAAUUUGAGGAAUUUCUCUAAGUACAAGUAUGUGAGUCUUGAGCCUGCUGACACUCCUUCUGAUGCGAAAGCUGUUAUGGACAGAAAUGCUACUACAUUGUUCUUGACUGAGAUCUUUAGAGGAAUGGCCACUACAUUUAGUGCUUUUUUUCGAGAGCCAGUUACAAUUAAUUAUCCAUAUGAGAAAGGUCCUCUUAGCCCUCGCUUUAGAGGAGAGCAUGCUCUGAGACGUUAUCCCAAUGGAGAGGAAAGAUGCAUUGCCUGUAAACUAUGUGAAGCAAUUUGCCCAGCUCAGGCUAUUACCAUUGAAGCAGAAACAAGAGCUGAUGGCAGUAGACGUACAACACGUUAUGAUAUUGACAUGACAAAAUGUAUUUAUUGUGGAUUUUGUCAAGAAGCCUGUCCUGUUGAUGCUAUUGUUGAGGGACCUAAUUUUGAGUUUUCAACUGAAACUCAUGAAGAACUUUUGUACAAUAAAGAAAAGUUGUUAAUGAAUGGUGACAAGUGGGAAAAGGAGAUAGCAGCUAAUAUUCAAGCGGAUUAUUUGUAUCGUUGACAUUACAUUUUGUGCCUUGUAACUAACUAUAAUCUAUAUCACAAUUAAAUUAAAAUUAAUGUACUGUAUGACUCAUGUAGCAGUUUAUGUAACAAUAAUGAUGAUGAUGAUGAUAAACUUUACAAAGAUAACGAAGCCAACAAAUAAAACCACAA